GCGACCGAAACAGAAAAUGCUGAGCAAAGCGGAUUCAAAACACGCGGGCGGCGAUCUCGCGAAUAGUCAGUCGCGCAUCGAUUCAAUCAAACACGCGAGCGUCGAUUCUAGAAAUAGUUUCUUUUGCCGAAAACUUCGCAGUACGUUUGCGCCCGUAGACCCCAGGUUUUGUUUUCAUUGCUUUUUGAUCCAGUGUCAGAGACGAUCUUGUCGAUUUAUCGCGCUUCUGUUCACAUUCACUGUCACACCGCUAGACAUCAUGGAUACAACCAAAAUGAGCGAUGGCGACUUGCUUGUCAAGUGGCACGAGAUCGAGAAGAAACGCAAUUUGCCGAAGUUGCCAGUGGUUGAUGAGCAUGAGCUUCAAGAUAAGGCGGACCUGCUCAGGGACUUUUUCUUCAUGAACCCGUACUGUGUCGGAAUGGGUGCUUGGGAUGUCUACGAUGCGCAUCAAGACGCAGAGGACUUCCCUGAGGACUGGUCAGAGGACUCUGCGUUCUCCGAGGACUGGCCGUUAUUUGUGUGCCAUUUUGAAAUUGAUCGCGGUGUGUGCACUAGUCGCGCGCGAGGACACUGUCUCUGUCAGCACAAGGACCAAAAAGACUAUCCCCACGAGAAGGUUGAAAGGAAACGGCGGGUCAACGCGAAGCGACGAAAGGUUGAAGACCCUUCUCACGACGAGUUCGGGAACAGAUUGGAACGGCACGGGGAAAUGGAUUCGGAGGUAGGGAAAUUUGGCAUGCACAUGGAUCUUGGUUACUGCUUUGACGACUGCGAUGAAGAAGCGGCUUUUUCGGAUGCCAUCAAAGAGUGGAGCGUUGCCACGGGCAGAGAUGGCCCGACUCUCGCAAAACUCCUGAGCGCUGGAUUCUUCGACAAACUAGAGCGAUCAUGGUCCUCCAGUGAAGCUGAUGGAGAAGCGUCGGAUUCGGAGCCGCUUUCUAGCGAGGCAGAGGCUGAGGCCCAGGCCGUCAAAGACAUGACUUUCGGCAAAAAGAAAGACCAUGUGUGCGAGGACACUACGGAAGAUAUAACUAUGUGCAUUCGCUUGGAUCAACCUGCGUUACGAGCCAAAGUGUUUCGGUACCGCGGAGGGAGGGCCGUUCACGAAUUCAAACCGCGACAGUGCACGAUCGAUGAGAACGGAUAUGGCCUGUUCACGGUGCGGGAGCUGCUAAAUGCACUCAAAGAUGUGGAAGGAGAUGAGCCUACCAGUGACGGCCAUCAUCAUGCCUUUGCUGGUUUGACCUACGCGAAGAGCGAGCGCAUGUGGGAAUCUGGUUGGGAUAGCUAGAAGAAGACCCCGAACGAGAGAUGUUGACGAAGGCUGGCCAAAGUGAAGCAAUCCUGCUCUCGCUCGUAGUUUUUUGUGUUUUCCGAAACGCUGCACCGCUCCUGAAGCUGAAAAAAGAAAAACGAAACCACACGUAAAACAAAGUAAGUAGAAAAAUAAUCAUGAAGAAUGCGUGAUGUGAGAAGCAGCUAUGCGUUUCUGUCACUAACACGAAAACGAACCAUCGCAGUGCACCAGUGCCAUAGCGCUUGCCGUUUGUUAUUGUUUGUUCAAGUUGCUUGGAUCGGCGGACGAGGCACGGCAGG